UUUCUAUUUAGACAAAGCACAUCCAAAACUUACACUGGAAUUCGACACAAAUGACCAAUAAUUUUGACGCUGAUAUUUUACUUUGAAGGCGUUAAUAUUUCGCCACAGAACAAUGAGCUUGACGUCGUUAGCCGCCACGUCCAAAAAUCAGACUCUCCGGAACAGAUUAGAAUCUGGUUAUUGUGUCACAGUAUUCCCUCUCAUGCCAUGAAAACCGACGUGAAAGCUCGACUGGCCUUUCGCCUCCACACCUUUGCACCCCACGUUACCGUGAAGAGCCGCUAGCUAACGCCAACUGACAACUUCCUGCUUGUGUUACCGUAGCGGUUCGUGGUGCUGCAUAGAUACCAGAAAGCCUCAAGAACAUCAGAAGAUGCCUUAGUCACACAACCCCUGCUUCAGACCCUUUUGCCUAUUUCCUGUCAGGCCCCUUCACUCCACCAAGGGGUCCAGGGCAGCAGGGGCAAUGCCGGGCAGCAGGUACUCGCUGUGGCGCCUUCUGGUACCGCCUCGUAUCCGCCAGGAGCGAGUGGUGUUGGCUCGCAGCGAGAGCCUGCAAAGCGACCAGGUGCUGAAGAUCACGGUCACAGAGACCACCGUGAUCAAGGCCGGCUCCGGGGUCUUGAAUCGCCGCUCCCUCGCCUACCUGGGCCUCUGGUAUUUCUUCAGCUUCUGCACCCUCUUCCUCAACAAGUACAUCUUGUCGCUGCUGGAGGGGCAGCCGAGCAUGCUGGGUGCUGUGCAGAUGCUCUCCACCACCAUCAUUGGCUUCCUCAAGAUGUACGUGCCCUGCUGCUUUUACCAGCACAAGUCCAGGAACGAGUUCCCCCCCAAUUUCAUUAUGAUCAUGCUCUUUGUUGGACUCAUGAGGUUCACUACGGUGGUUUUGGGCUUGGUGAGCCUGAAGAACGUGGCGGUGUCCUUUGCAGAGACGGUGAAGAGCUCUGCCCCCAUCUUUACUGUCAUCAUGUCCAGGUUGAUUCUCGGAGAGUACACAGGCCUGUGGGUGAACCUCUCCUUGUUCCCCGUCAUGGCGGGCCUGGCCCUCUGCACGGCCACAGAACUCAGCUUCAACUUGCUCGGUUUUUCCGCCGCCCUCUCCACCAACAUUAUGGACUGUUUACAGAAUGUUUUCUCCAAGAAACUGCUGAGUGGCGACACCUACAGGUUCAGCCCUCCAGAACUACAGUUUUACACAAGCGCAGCAGCAAUCAUCAUGCUCAUCCCAGCAUGGAUUUUCCUCUUGGAAACUCCAAUGACUGAGAAGAGUGGCCAGAGCUUCACUUUCAGUCGAGACAUCGUCUUGCUGCUGCUCUUUAACGGCGGCCUCUUCCACCUGCAGAGCGUCACCGCCUACGCUCUCAUGGGACGCAUUUCUCCCGUUACUUUCAGCGUCGCUAGCACGGUCAAGCACGCCAUGUCCGUCUGGCUGAGCGUCAUCGUGUUCAGCAACCACAUCACCCUGCUCAGCGCCACGGGCACCGUCCUCGUCUUCAUCGGGGUCUUCUUGUACACCAAAUCCCGGCAGGCCCAAAGGGAGCGCUUGCAGGCCAUGGCUGCUCAACAGAACUACAAACAACUAGCGCAGGACCAACAAGACCCUCCGUCUCACUGAAGACUUGAAACGGAAUCAAAAGCUGAGGAUCCAUGCACACUUUCCAGUAAUUCCACUAACUUGUGUAUUUACUUGACAGACAUUUUCAUCAUUCAGUCAGGGAAGAGGAAGCCUCCUGUGGAAUAUUUCUCCGCAACCUUCGAGCCUCUUUCUUUUGCUUCGACGACCACUAAAAACGGAGAAGCUCAGGGCGUCCGUCUUCUUAAGAAGAGACUUGACCAGCUAAUCUCAUCUGUGGUCCAGCAGCUGCCGAAUGUACGCCAACGGUUUGACGUCGGCGCCUUACAGGCGAGUCUUAAAGCUACGCACACACAAGGUUCUCCUGUCAAAACACUAGACGUCGAGCACAAUGACACAUUUUUAGAAGACUUGUCUUAAAAAAACAUAUUUCUGUAUUCUAGGAAUGCUUGUCCUCAAACCCCUUUUUCCCAGUGCAUGCUGGGAUUGAAGCUGAAACGUUUGCGUGAGCGAUGUGUCGGGUGCAACUUUCCAAGUAGCCGCGCACAAAAUACUCCCGACACAAGGAUCUACAAAACGUGUCCUUUUUUAUAAAGUGUCUCACGCAUGAAAAUACACCAUACGGGCAAAAGUAUUGAGACACCUAGCCACUACAGAUGCAGGGACUAUUUUUUUUUCUGUUGUACGCCUUUAAUCUCUAAAACGGGUAAAUAUACGGACAUGCUCACGCUUUUGCAGCAUCUCCUGUGAGGUCCCUAAGAGAGGGCCUGCUUAAAAUGUCUUUGUUAAUCAAUUAAGAGGUGUUUCUCACUACUUUUGUUCAUUUAAAUCCAUUUUAAGGACGCAAGAAGGUGGUGACGGAGCACACAUGCUGUUUUCAUUCUUUCAUACAAAACAUUUGAGCGUCACAUGCUGCACCAAAGGCACCUUAACAACCAAUAAAACAUUGAAUUAUUUCAUUAUGUAUCUAUUAUCACCACAAGCGGGGCUUUUCUUUUCUUUUUGCACUUUGCAGUGUUUCAAAAGACAGUAUAUUUUACUUGUAUUGUCAUGCCUUUUUUUCCAUCCAUCCAUCCAUUUUCUACCGCUUGUCCCUUUUGGGGUCGCCGGAGCCUAUCCCAGCUGCACAUGGGCGGAAGGCGGGGUACACACUGGACAAGUCACCACCUCAUGGCAGGGCCAACACAGAUAGACAGACAACAUUCACACACGAGGGCCAAUUUAGUGUUGCCAAUCAACCCAUGCCUUUUUUUUGUCCUCAAAACAUAUUUGUAUAAUUUAUAACCCCUCCAUGUUUGUUUUUUCAUUUCAUCAUAGUCUUUUUGUUUUUCUUUUAAUUCUGCCUUAAGCAAAGGUUGAGAAAGUGGUGUUUUCCUGUGUAUACGAAUUAAACAAAUAUGUGCGUGCUUCGUAAUAAAGUGUCUCUGGGAGCGUGCCAAGCGAAGACUUAAAAACCAUGUGUAAUCUUACCUUGCAGGAAAUAAAACGUAUUUUCCCAGCAGCUCAUUGUGUCCUUCGAUAUAAUCAUGCCAGUAAUUACCUGACUUAUUUGUGUGGCUGUUGUCAAUGGAUGUUCUGGCGUGCGACAAUUAAAAAGUAAUCUUUCUUGUUUUACCCAUGUCAACUUUAAAAUAUUUGGCUACUUGUUUGAAUUACCAUUUUAAAGUAAACAGUAAAAAUAUGGCCAUUCAUUUUAAAUUUAAUUUAUAAUAUAUUUUAGACUUGUGCAGUGUUGUACCUUGAUUUAAAAAAAAAACAAACAAGAAUAUCACUACUUGGUUGUUGUAACAAAUUAAUCACAGUAAAAUUUAAAUUAAAAAAAAUAGUAUUUUUUUUGUUUUGUUGCAGUUUUGUUAAACUUGUGUCUAACUAUUUUUUGA